CCGGUUUGGGGGCGACUUCGCAGACGUGCGCGCUGCCCGGGGCGCUCCGGCGGCCUAGCGCGCUGCCAGGACACCGCGGUCGGGUGCUUGGGAGGGGGCCCGGGCGGAGCGCAGGCCCCUCGGGCGCACGGGUUUGGGACGGGGGAGUGAUUCUGGAGCCACGGUCCUCCACCGACGCCGGGGGACGCGCCCGGGCGGCCAGGCUGCAGGCGCGCCGCCGAGUCCACGCGUGUGAACGCUUCGGCCCGACCCCCGUCCGUAAACGGGAGGAGAGCCAGCCGCGGUGGACCGCGGAGCGGGGCUGCGGCAAACCGUGGGGUGACUGCCAGGACUGCGCCAGCCGCAUCACCGGCCUCUCCCGAGCCAGUAAGCCUCUGGAAGCUCGGAGCUCCGUCUGCGCCGCGUUCCUGGGCCCUGCGGAACUCGCGGCGGUGCGGCUUUGCUCGCUCGCCUCCGCCCUCCCCCUCCGCGUGUGCGCGUGCGUGUGUGCGUGUGCGCGCUCUGAGACUCGUGGACGGGAAAUGCCCCGGCGCAGGUCAACGCGGCCCCAGCCGCCGGUUCUGAGCAGGAGCUUUAAUGCGCCGCGCCACCAGCCCACCUGCGUCUACGGACGUUCCCUGCCCCUGCUCAGUUGCGCCCCCGCCACCCGGUUCUGGUCUCUCAGCCGCGCCUCGGCGGCUUGCGAGGUUGCAGGGUUCCCCGGAGCGGUCCCAAGCCGCGUCGCGGUAACGGUCAGCGACACGGGAGCGCGGAGCGCGCGGUUUUCCCAAACCCCUGGGUCCCCCGUCAGCCGGAAAGUUCUGCGGCGGCAGAUAGCCCGGGGCCUGCAGGACGCCGGCCGGGCCGCGGGGCUCCCACCGCACCGACCCACAGCCCGCCCGGGGGCGCGGUCUCGCGCUCCAGAAAGCCCCGCGGCCGCAGCGGUCCUCCCGCAGGCAGCUUCCGGAAGGGGGCGGGGCCCGGCUUCCGGAGCUUUUCGGACGGGGGCGGAGCCUCCUGCCGAGGGCCGUUCGGGAGAAGGCGGGGCCUACCUCGCAUCAGGACCAGUCUGGCUGCACCUGCAUCCUUCGCUCAGAGCAUCCCCGAGCAUCCGAGGAGGCGGCCGCAGCUGGCAACCGGGGGCCCGACCGUCGCAGGAGGCGUCCGCCAGACACCCUUCCCUCUCCCCUGAGCUAGCGCUCUACAGCGGCGGCCUCGGUGCUGGCCGGGCGCCCCCAGACUUGCCCGACCCCUGAGAAAGCAUUUGUAGCAAGAGCCUCUGGCUACGACAUGGCUGAGAUCACCAACAUCCGACCGAGCUUCGAUGUGUCCCCAGUGGUGGCUGGCCUCGUCGGGGCGUCAGUGCUGGUGGUGUGCGUCUCGGUGACUGUCUUUGUGUGGACAUGCUGCCACCAGCGGGCAGAGAAGAAGCACAAGACCCCCCCGUAUAAGUUCAUCCACAUGCUCAAAGGCAUCAGCAUCUACCCAGAGACGCUCAGCAACAAGAAGAAAAUCAUCAAAGUGCAGAGAGACGAAGACGGCCCUGGGAGGGGAGGCGGGCGCGGGAGUGUGCUGGUGGAUGCCGCCGAGGCCGGCCUGCUGGGCCCCGACCGGGGUCCCAAGGGCCCGGGCUCCGGUUCUUGUAUGGACCAGUUACCCAUCAAGAUGGACUAUGGGGAAGAACUAAGGAGCCCCAUUGCGAGCCUGACCCCCGGGGAGAGCAAAACCACAUCUCCGUCAUCUCCAGAGGAGGACGUCAUGCUGGGAACCCUCACCUUCUCCGUGGAUUAUAACUUCCCGAAAAAAGCCCUGGUGGUGACGAUCCAGGAGGCCCACGGGCUGCCAGUGAUGGACGAGCAGACCCAGGGCUCUGACCCUUACAUCAAAAUGACCAUCCUCCCUGACAAGCGGCAUCGGGUGAAGACCAGAGUGCUGCGGAAGACACUGGACCCCGUGUUUGACGAGACCUUCACCUUCUACGGCGUCCCGUACAGCCAGUUGCAGGACCUGGUGCUACACUUCCUCGUGCUCAGCUUCGACCGCUUCUCCCGGGACGACGUCAUCGGGGAAGUCAUGGUGCCGCUGGCUGGCGUGGACCCCAGCACGGGCAAGGCACAGCUGACCAGGGACAUCACCAAAAGGAACAUCCAGAAGUGCAUUAGCAGAGGGGAGCUCCAGGUGUCUCUGUCCUACCAGCCCGUGGCACAGAGACUGACCGUGGUGGUCCUCAAAGCCCGGCACCUGCCGAAAAUGGACAUCACCGGCCUCUCAGAUCCUUAUGUCAAGGUGAACGUCUACUACGGCAGAAAGCGCAUCGCCAAGAAGAAAACCCACGUGAAGAAGUGCACUUUGAACCCUGUCUUCAACGAGUCCUUCGUCUACGACAUCCCCCCCGACCUCCUGCCUGACGUCAGCAUCGAGUUCCUGGUCAUCGACUUCGACCGCACCACCAAGAACGAGGUGGUGGGAAGGCUGAUCCUGGGGGCACACAGUGUCACCAGCAGCGGCGCCGAGCACUGGAGGGAGGUGUGCGAGAAACCCCGCAAGCCGGUGGCUAAGUGGCACAGUCUGAGCGAGUACUAGUCGUGUCGUCCUCGCCUGGGCCCGGGCCAGGCAGGCCGACGGGGACGGAAAUGCCACACAGGAGCGGACUCAGAACCUCAUUUUAGUUGUAGAAGAUUUCUUACAAAACACACCCCACAAAGAACACCCCACAUGACCACAGCUGCAGAUCAGUUCUUAGCGAUGACGAUUUUUCUCCUUUGCAAGGCACUAGAAAUCUUUUUUUUUUUUUUAAUGGGGAGAAAGAGAGGGAAAGGCCUCACAAGUCUAUAUAUAACAAUGUAACCUUAUACUUGCAUGUCUAAUACAAACUGAAGAAAUUAGCCUAACUGCCAAUAUCAAGUUACAGAUUUUGAUCCAUGAAAAUUGUGUUUUGUGCCUAAUUGUAUUUGCUGAUUCCCUAAAAUUGGCCUCUUUUUUAUUGGGCUUCCCUGGAGAGUGACUCCCGCCCCCAGCUCUGCAGAAGGAUGUUGUUUUGCUCAUGUAAAACCUUGUAGCGUCGCCAUCCCCGUCGGAUGCCCCCCUCCCCAGCUCUGCUCUUUGAGCUCAGGGUCCAGAGGUCUGUCGUGAGCCAGGAAACAGAGGUGGGCCGAAGGAGGCUGGGUGUGCAGGGGGAGAUCUGGGGCACGGGCUUCUCGCUGCCCCGCUCCUGCUGGAGGGCUCAGGGGCAGCCCAGGGUUAACUGGUGCUGGAGCCCGUGUGCAUGGCAGGCUUGGAGGUAGAGCCCGGGUCUCCGAAACAGGACGUUUGUCUGGAGAGAGCUUUGGAGCCUUCCAGUCAGGCUAGGGUGGCUCCGGGGGCCGGGGGUGGCCGAGCCCAGGUGCUGUGUGUGGGUGCGGGCAGGACGGCGUGUCCGCCCCCACCUGACAGACAGCAACACGGCCAAGUGACUGCCUUUUGCUGGCAUGAAGGGUGAACUGGCCUUUAUUGUUCCAGAAGUGCUGACCCAGGAGACGCUUUAGAGUUUUGUCAGGGAGUGGAGAUGAGAUCGGUUCUGCUUCCUUAGGAAAAGGGCUUCAGAAAUUACCGCUUAUCCCGGAAGUUUUCACCUGUGGCUCUUCAGCCUAGAGAAGGGAGUAAACGCGAGCACAGGCGUGGUCAAGGUGACCCGGCUUCGUCUCCCGUCCUGUCCCUCAGCAGGGUGCUUAAUGGAGCCCUGGGUCCUAUUCAGCAUCGAGACCAGGGGAAGGGCUGGGGGAAGCACGCGGAUCUAUCCCCUCCCGCCGGUGGCAAGGGCACCGGGGUCUCCGCACCCCUGGUCGGCCCCGGCUCUCCCGUCAAGACCCAUCGGAGGGCAGAGCCCAGGGGCGGAGGAACAGUCUGCCAGCAUGUCCAGGCAGCAGAUCCCGCUUGCGGCCCCGCAGAGUGGCUUGGAUCAGCAGCCGCUGGAGCCGAGGCCUGGACAAGCAGGUCCACACCCGCACAAGAGCACCCCUUCCGACCUGCUUCCGAGGAGGCUGGGUGUCUGCGGACAGAGCGAUGGGGCCUGUGACAUUCUCUUAGCUCUUGUGCAUUUAAGACCAGUCUGCUCCCUCGUCCUUCUGUUCUCUUUUUAAAACCUGGUUCUGAGCGGGGCUGAGCAGCUCGGAGCAGGCACAAAGACCACUCUGUUCUUGUCCUCGCUCCCUGCUCCCCUCCCCACACCCUUCAUCUGACUCGAGAUCCCAUCAGUAUCCACGCCACCGGUCUCUAUCCUAUACUCCAUCGAAUGUAAAUACUGUAUCAUACGUAGAAGAGAAUAAUUUUUGUUUUCUAAAAAUGCAUUUUGAGAUAGUUUAGUGUAAAUCUGACAGGAGCAUUCUGAAGCCCCCUUAGGAAAAAAUCUUAAAUGCUUCCUCUUCAUCGCCUUAAUGUCUGAAGGUCAGAAACCGCUGAGCAACCCGCUUUUGUUUCCUUCCCAGAAACACUGCAGAGCAAACAGGUGGAGAUAGUCUGGUCUUUGCCCUGCUGCGUGUGCCGGGGCAGCUCCUCCCGCUGGAGGUCUGGGAAGGCCGCCUCCCUCGACCCUCUCCUUCCACCCCCCACCCAACCCCCCACGCCCUGGGCUGUGGAGCGGCGGGAGGCCCGGUGACAGGGUGGGAAUGGGCAGACAGCACAGGGCUCCUCCCUCCUACCUCACGCCUGAUCCAUCACGCCCUUGGCUUUGCUGUCCCAAAGUCUCUCAGCUGCCUUUGGCUUUCACACGGCCCCGCCCAGAGCCGGCUGAUCCGGCCCCGAAGCCAAGCCGCCUCCCAAGAGUCAGUUGAAAGACAAGAGAGUCUCACGCGAGCUUAUGCACAAGGCACUCGUGGUCAGGAACGGGUUAGGGAACAGUCACUUCGGAUUUUCCAAGAGCCGGGCCUUCUCUGCUGGUAUCUUGGUUCCUUUGGGAAGACAAGAGUUUCUCUUAAUAGCAAAAGUCCCUUUAUGAGUUACUCCUUUCAGUUCUUCUAGUGGAGCACAGCCAAGACGUCCGUGUCCAGGAACGGGCUCGAGCACGAAAGCAGGUAGAACCGGCUCAUGGGACGGGAGCGGCUUGCUCAGGACGGGAUGAGACAGGUCUUUUCUUGGAAGGCUCUUAUUGUGGCCGCGAUAGUGACAGUGCCCUCACCAGGAUCCUUCUCCGACGUGGUCGUCUUUCUUUACCUUGUGUCUUCUCUUGUAAAAAAAAAAAAAAGAAAAGAAAAAAAAAAACCUCAAAAUAAAUGUGUCAAAAGAAAAAACCGGAAAAGCCAACGUGAAUCGUGUGAAACUUCCUAACGCUGUAAUGCUACGCUGCAGUAUGUAACGCCCUCUUGUACGUGGAGUUUGCUAGCGCACCACGCAAGUGCAAAAUAAAGACCAACUCACACUAAA